UAUUGUCCACUCCGGCCUGCCUCGUCCGGCCCAGCUCGUCCCAAUCGCAGGUCACAGAAGACCGAUUCUCUCCUCAAAGAUCGAAAUGACUUGCGACGUGAAGAGGUUGUCAGGCGGUUGGACAGCGAUGUCCCCUCCUGUCGGCAGCUAUCCCUUGCGGAUUCACAUGCGCCAAUCAUUCGCUACCGAACGAGGCGGUGUCUUCUGAAAACUAAUGAAUACGCAGAAAUGCCCCAUUUCCCCACGGCCCCCACGCUCUUUGGGACGCAUUCGAACAAUACCGCUUUUGACAGCCCCGCGAGUGGAUUAGGCGACAAUGCAAAUGCAACUGGAGUUAUGGGAAUGACUGUUUUACUUUAUCUACUCAGAAACAGAUCAUAUUCUUCACCUCCUGGGCACCAUUAG